UAUUCUAUUUCAGGAUUGUUGUUGCCACAGUACUUCUUCAUCCCAGCCGACCAGAUAGACAGAGAGAGGUCACGUCCAGGCUCAGCUGAUAGAAUACCUAGUGAUGUAGGAUCCACAAAAGGAAUAUUUCUCUGGGGGCAAUCUGUAUAUUUCAUAUCUCAACUACUAGUGAAAGACUUACUAAAUGUAAAUGACCUUGACCCCAUUAGACGACAUCUUCCAGCAUCAGAGAGGCCAAAGGUUAACAGCAGAUACUCUUCAUUUCAGCGUGCUCACUUUGGGAAAGAAUCUGAGAUUACUCCGCCUGACCUUGUACUACAAGUGGUGCUGAUAGCAGAAAGUUCCCGUCUUCAGCAGUUACUGGCUACAUAUGGAAUACAGACACAGACCCCGCACCAGGUCGAGCCAAUCCAGAUAUGGUCACCAAAAGAAUUAUCAAGAGCGUAUGAAUAUUUGGGCAUUAACAAGAAGCUUGGUCUUACAGGUCGUCCUAAAAGACCAUUUGGUGUGCUGAGCACUUCUAAGAUAUACAGAGUAUGUGGAGCGACAGUUCUAUGUUACCCUCUACUGUUCGAGGUGGUAGAUUUCUACAUGGCUCAAGAUAUCAGCAUUGUGAUAGAUGACCUUAAAAAUGAUCUUGCAUUUUUAUCGAAAUGUUGGAAGCUUGCUGGACGUCCCACAUUCUGUAUGCUGAUACGGGAGAACAAUAUUCGAGGGAAGAAUUUCAGUGAAUUUCUCGAACUGCUUGCACAGUUUAAGAGUGGUGAUGUAGAUGGUAUCAGGGUCAGAGUGGGGAGACUGCAGACACUAAUAUCCUCAGCAUGUAUAGAGCAUUUAGACUUCCUGACCACGCUACCAGACCAGUCCAUUUUCCAGCCGUUCCAGGAGUCAAACCACGGUCGCUUUAGCUUUAAGAGCCUCACAGAUAUACCCACAGUGCUCGAGCUGGCUGAUGAUACUGUACUCAAUGAACAGGAAUUGAAAGUGAAGGCAACGUGGGAUCUGAUACAGAUGUUUAAAGGUGCUGAAUCUCUCACUGCUCAGAAUCAGAUUCUGAAGCUGUUACUGUACAGGGAAGGUCCCAACUACCACUUUGAGGGUGUACCACUCAGUCGUAGGCUGGAACAACUUGUCGCAAAGGCGGGGCUACAUAAGAGAUGGGAAGUUGUGAGAUGUUGCUCCGCCCUGCUGCACAAGCUUGUUGAUAGCUUGGCACCAUCUAUAACCAGUAUUCUAGUCAGAGGAAAACAUCUAACAGUUGGUGUGUUUGGCCAUGAGGAGGAGGUUCUGGACAAGCCAGUCAGUCCUAACGAAAUAAAGAACAUUUUAUACAGUAAAUGCAUGGCUCAUGAUACGUGCCAGGCAGUACUUCAACAAGAACUGAUUCUUGCUAUUGGCAAACACAUCGCAACGUCACCAGAUGCCUAUGAUGGAAUUCUGAAGAUAAGAAUUGGUUGGUUUGUACGUGCCAUGGAGAUGGAACUCGAGCAAGAGGAUGAGCAUGUGAAAAUUGAGUCUCUGUCACCAUACCAGGUCAAACAGCUACUGCUCAGUAUUCUCGUGCACAGAUCUGACGAGUAUGAUCUGAGAACACCUUUACAACGACGACAACUUGACGGGGCUCUCAGUAGGGUGCCCAAAGAUUUCUAUGAAAGAGUAUGGGAGAUCCUGGAACGUACACCUGGGGGCAUUAAAGUGGCAGGUUACCUGUUACCACAGCAACCAACAUUGUCUGACAUGACUAUGCAAGAGUUGAAUUUCUCGUUACUUGUUGAACAAAUGCUGAGUAAGAUCGUGGAUCCAGCAUACCGGCAGUUGAUGGUAGAGGCAUUUAUGGUUGUAUCAACGAUACUGAGGAGAAACCCAGAACUUGUUUUCCAUCAGUCCGUCAACAUGGACAGGGCAAUUCAAGAUGCAUUUGAAGAGUUUCAAAAAGAUCGUAGCAGACUGGACGGCCAUGAAAAACAGGACGAUAUGAGGUGCUUCUUUAACACCAUGCCUAAUGUGAAACAUGGAACAACAAGCUAUAUCAUUAAAGCUGUGGUUAAAAACUUACUAGAUGGAGACAUAAAAGUAUCAAUGGAAGACAUGUGUUGUAUUUCUUGAGGUCAGCGCUUUGGAGCUUCAAUCGAAAUAUUGAAAUGUUCCCGCCAUUUUUGAAAUGAAGGAGAGUUUUUCCUCACCACUUGUGAUGUGUUUAAAGGAGGAAAGAAAACAGAGCUUUUUAAGCGGUGAU